GAUAAGAUAACGGUUCAAUAUGUAAUAUAACUGCCGAAUUUCACUUAUUUGAAGUCAUACCUUGUGAUUAUUAGUUCGAUCGCUUUAAUUAAUUGUUUGUAAAAUGGAUUUAAAAAACAUUUUAGUUUUAGCACUUUUGCUGGUUAUUGUGACUGAAGUGACCAAUGGAUUGGAAUGUUACGAAUGUAACAGCAAAGAUUCAAACUGUGACAACACUGAAAAUUUACCCAACAACAUUUGCGACAGUACGGCGACGGGAAAUGCCACCUGUUAUACUAUAACUGUGAUCAAUGACAAUAGAAUUGACACUUUAAGGGGUUGCCAGGUGAUUGAAAAAAAUGUAGCACAACCGUGCGAAAAGUUGAAAGAAUUGAAAGGCGUGAAUAAUUUGGGGAUCUGUGAUUUGUGCAAUACCGAUAAUUGCAAUUCCAAGUCUACCAACACUCUUCGUGGGGGUAACAAUCUGAACUGCUAUGACUGUGAUCAAAAAGACGCAAACUGUAACAACAUUGAAGAUGCACCCACGGAAAUCACGACCACUCAUUGCCAAAGUACACCAACAGCUAAUGCCACCUGUUAUACUUUGUCCGUGGUAAACGGCAACAGAACUGACGCUUACAGGGGUUGCCAAGUAAUUGAAACGACAACGGUUAAGGAACCUUGCGAUUAUUUGAAACAGCAAAGCGGCGUUAACCUUAACGUGACGAGUUGCGACGUGUGCUAUACUGACAAUUGCAAUGCGAAAACCGUCCCGUCGGGCAAUGCCGACUUUAAAGCCGGCGUUUUCUCUUUGGUGCUUUCAAUCAUUUGCGUCACCUUUUUGAAAAUGUAAAAUUACAGUAAUAUACUGUACAUCAGCCAUUACAAUUAUUUAUUUGUGAAUUUUUUAACGAAUGAACUGAAUAUUUACGGUUUCUUUUAUAAAUAAACCAUUUUACAAACAUAUAA